GGUCGCGGCUGGGGGCGUCCCGGCGGCGGGGACGCGGAUCCCCCCUCCCCCUCCCUCGCCCCUGCGCUUCGAUCCAAGAUGGCGGCGCUGAGCAGCGGCGGCAGCGCCGAGGGGGCCUCGCUCUUCAACGGGGACGCAGAGCCCGAGCCGCCGCCGCCCGUGCUGAGCGCCUGCUAUGCCGGGAGCGGCGGCGGCGACCCGGCCAUCCCGGAGGAGGUGUGGAAUAUCAAACAGAUGAUUAAAUUAACACAAGAACAUAUAGAAGCGCUGUUAGACAAGUUUGGAGGAGAACACAACCCACCAUCAAUAUAUUUAGAGGCCUAUGAAGAGUACACCAGCAAACUAGAUGCUCUACAGCAGAGAGAACAGCAGUUAUUGGAAUCCAUGGGAAAUGGAACUGAUUUCUCUGUCUCCAGUUCAGCUUCAACGGACACAGUUGCAUCAUCUUCCUCCUCUAGCCUCUCUGUAGCACCUUCAUCCCUUUCAGUUUAUCAAAAUCCUACUGAUAUGUCGCGGAAUAACCCUAAGUCUCCACAGAAGCCUAUUGUUAGAGUCUUCCUGCCCAACAAGCAAAGGACUGUGGUUCCGGCAAGAUGUGGGGUGACAGUCCGAGACAGCCUGAAGAAAGCUCUGAUGAUGAGAGGUCUUAUUCCAGAAUGCUGCGCUGUUUACAGAAUACAGGAUGGAGAGAAGAAGCCAAUUGGCUGGGACACUGACAUUUCCUGGCUAACCGGAGAGGAGUUGCAUGUGGAGGUCUUGGAGAAUGUGCCACUCACAACGCACAAUUUUGUACGAAAAACAUUCUUCACGUUAGCGUUCUGCGACUUCUGUCGAAAGCUGCUUUUCCAGGGAUUCCGAUGCCAGACGUGUGGCUACAAAUUUCACCAGCGCUGUAGUACAGAAGUGCCACUGAUGUGUGUUAACUAUGACCAACUCGAUUUGCUGUUUGUCUCCAAGUUCUUUGAACAUCACCCCAUAUCGCAGGAGGAGACCACCUUAGGAGAGACCACCCCGGCAUCAGGAUCGUACCCCUCAGUGCCCCCAUCAGAUUCUGUUGGACCACCAAUUCUCCCUAGUCCUUCUCCUUCAAAAUCCAUUCCAAUCCCACAGCCCUUCCGACCAGCAGAUGAAGACCAUCGGAAUCAGUUUGGGCAACGCGACCGAUCCUCUUCAGCUCCCAAUGUUCACAUCAAUACAAUCGAGCCAGUCAAUAUUGAUGACUUGAUUAGAGACCAGGGUGUACGAGGAGAGGGAGCCCCUUUGAACCAGCUGAUGCGCUGUCUUCGGAAAUACCAAUCCCGGACUCCCAGUCCCCUCCUUCAUUCUGUCCCCAGUGAAAUAGUGUUUGAUUUUGAGCCUGGCCCAGUGUUCAGAGGUUCAACUGCAGGUUUGUCUGCAACACCUCCCGCAUCUUUGCCUGGGUCACUUACCAAUGUGAAAGCAUUACAGAAAUCACCGGGCCCCCAGCGGGAAAGGAAAUCAUCCUCAUCCUCAGAAGACAGAAAUAGAAUGAAAACCCUUGGUCGACGAGAUUCAAGUGAUGAUUGGGAAAUACCAGAUGGGCAGAUCACAGUUGGACAAAGGAUAGGGUCUGGAUCAUUUGGAACAGUCUACAAAGGAAAGUGGCAUGGUGACGUGGCAGUGAAAAUGUUGAAUGUUACAGCACCCACACCUCAACAGUUACAGGCUUUCAAAAAUGAAGUAGGAGUGCUCAGGAAGACACGGCAUGUGAAUAUCCUACUUUUUAUGGGUUAUUCAACAAAACCUCAGUUGGCUAUUGUUACACAGUGGUGUGAGGGGUCCAGCUUAUAUCACCAUCUGCACAUAAUUGAGACCAAAUUUGAAAUGAUCAAACUAAUUGAUAUUGCACGACAGACUGCACAAGGCAUGGAUUACUUGCAUGCCAAGUCGAUCAUCCACAGAGACCUCAAGAGUAAUAAUAUUUUUCUUCAUGAAGACCUCACAGUAAAAAUAGGUGACUUUGGUCUGGCUACAGUGAAAUCACGAUGGAGUGGAUCUCAUCAAUUUGAACAGUUAUCUGGAUCGAUUCUGUGGAUGGCACCAGAAGUGAUCAGGAUGCAAGACAAAAACCCAUAUAGCUUUCAGUCAGAUGUGUAUGCGUUUGGGAUUGUGCUUUAUGAACUGAUGACGGGACAGUUACCAUACUCAAACAUCAACAACAGGGACCAGAUAAUUUUUAUGGUGGGACGAGGAUAUCUAUCUCCAGACCUCAGUAAAGUCAGAAGUAACUGUCCAAAAGCUAUGAAGAGACUAAUGGCAGAAUGCUUGAAAAAGAAAAGAGAUGAGAGACCUCUUUUUCCACAGAUUCUUGCCUCCAUUGAGCUUCUGGCCCGGUCGUUGCCAAAAAUUCACCGCAGUGCAUCUGAGCCGUCACUAAACCGGGCUGGUUUCCAGACCGAGGAUUUUAGUCUGUAUGCUUGUGCUUCUCCAAAAACACCCAUCCAAGCAGGGGGAUACGGAGAAUUUGCAGCGUUCAAGUAGCCACAGCACCAUGGCAGCACCCACUCUGUUAUUUAAGUCUUGUGUUCCUACCGUUUCUUAACAUCAAAACUCUAUUCUGCUCCGACAAACCUAAAGUAAUUUAGAAAAGAUAUCCAUAAGCUUAAAAGUGGAGCGGAAUGGAACUGCCAGUCCAACACAAUGGGGAAAAGUACGUUUUUAGGAACCGGAAUACUCCGCUGCCAGUGUUCCUCCUUCAACACAAAACACCACGUGCAUUCGGAUACCCGCAGUGGCUGCCUGAGCCGUUGGCAUCAUUCCCAGGAGAGAGGAGAGGGCGCUCGUGGUUUGACUUUGGUGCUCAGGCAUGAGGGGAUGGAGCUGCUGCUGCAAAUUAGGAGACUUGCUUUGGAUGGUCUGCCGGUCGGCUUUCUCCCUCUAAUAACGUAUCAUCAGAGGCUGAAUAUCUGAUGAGUGCUAAUUAAAAGAAUCAUCCUUUGUUCUGAUCUCUUUUCCUGGUGUACUCACUGGUUUGUGGACAAUGCAGUAUCCCCUUUUCACUGUAUUAGAAUGUCAAACGCCUAAUUUUAUCUAAAUUUUUGGGUUCUAUUCCAGUAAAAUUGAAAAGUAAGGGGUAGUGGGAGCUGGAGAUGGUGUUACUUUGAAGGCGAAGAGAUUCAUCUGAAGGAAAAGGGGAUGCUGCUGCACUUUUUUUCAGAUUUACUUUAUCACUUCCUCAAAAAACAAAUGACAACCACCAACCUUAACCUUUUCCUUUUCCAGUAUGUUCUUGGUGUGUGCAUAUAUAACAUCUUUUAGAAGGGUUACAUAGAUCCUUCUUUUGUUGGUCCAGCAACAAACUGAAGUUUAAAAAAAAAAAAAAAAAAAAAAA